ACAGCAAAACAUCGUGUAAUUACUGUAGAUCAAUAAUGGUGAAAGAAGGCUGAAUGCCAUCACAUUACGAUAAGUCAGAUAUGUUGUCUAUGGCCUUAUCUCUGUGGUAUCCAGGUGACUGGUGAACACCAGUGAAGCCCUUGGCAGUGUAGUGAGAGACUCAUUGAAGCAUCAACAUGACAGCAUCAACAAACAUGAUAUCAACAGAUAUGGCAGCACCAACAAAGAUUAAAGAAUCAACAGACAUGACAGCAUCAGUUAAUAUAGCCGCAUCAACAAACUUGGUAGCAUCAACAAACAUGUCAUCAAGAGACAUGGCAGCAUCAAGAGACAUAUCUGCAUCAACAGGCAUGGCAGCAUCAACAGGCAUGUCAGCAUCAAGAGACAUUGUAAAGUCAACAGGCAUCAUAGAAUCAACAAACAUGACAGCAUCAAAAGACAUCGUGCCAUCAACAAAGAUGACAGCACCAGCAAAUACGACACCAUCAACAAACAUGACAGCAUCAACAAACAUGACGGUAUCAAAAGACAUCGAGCCAUCAACAAACAUGACAGCAUCAAAAGACAUCGAGCCAUCAACAAACAUGACAGCAUCAAAAGACAUCGUGCCAUCAACAAACAUGACAGCAUCAAAAGACAUCGCGCCAUCAACAAAGAUGACAGCACCAGCAAAUACGACACCAUCAACAAACAUGACAGCAUCAAAAGACAUCAAGGAAAAAAAGGCGAAUAAUGAGAACGACGGAAUACAGAAUGUUGAACAAGAAGGAAAUGAAGAGACAACGAAUGAAAAGCUGUAUGAAGCAGUCUCAUCAGGUAAUAUACAAACAGUGAAGAAUUUAAGGGGGAAGAACUUUGACUUUAAUCAAGAAAUAAAAGGAGAGAAGUUGCUACAUGUGGCAGCUAAACACGGUCAUGUUGAAGUCUUGACGGAACUACUGAAGGGCGGCGCUGAUGUUGAUGCCACAAGCAGUAAUGGUGAUACGGCAUUACAUAUAACAAUCAGAAACAAGGUGUCCAUUGAGGUGGUGUUGGCGCUCAAUGACCACGAAGCACGUUGGAAUAUUCCUGACCAAAGAGGGUGGACUGCACUUCAUCUGGCUGUGGCAAUGGGCAACAUCGAUGCUUUGAAAACAUAUACAAAUAGAGACUAUAGCAAAUUGAAGUUAUCAGUAGAUACAGAAAACGCAACAUUGCUCCACUACGCUGCAGCCAACGGACAAAAGGGGGCGUCACGGUGGCUGGUAGAGCAUGGACUGUCUCGUGGGGUGAAGGACAGGCAUGGUUACACUCCGGACCAAUACGCUAGCAUGGCUGGGGAUGAAAGUCUCGCUAGUUUCCUUAACAGUAAUCGAGGCAUUAGAUUUAUGAAGAAAUUAACGAUAUCCUGUUUUUCAAAACAAAUCAUGGACACUGGUGCACUAGAACGCCUUCUCGUAAAUAACGUGACAAACAGUUCAUCUCCUGCUGAGAUGAACACAAGCUCACUAGAGUCAAGAAUGACUGUUAGUGAUAUGGGGAUUACAAAGAACUAUAUGCAACUUAAGACUCCUACCACACCUAAAUCAAGUGUUGUUCCAUUGACUGAAACCAAUGGGACAGUAAAAACUCAUUACAGUAAUAAGAGAAAAGCUCCGUCUCCACCUUCCCCCACGACUGGUGACUUCCCUCGGAAACAAAAACACAAAAAUGCCACAACAACCGACACUGUGAACCAAGGUGAGGAAAACUUUGGAUUUGAGAUGCAAGAUGACCCGGAGAGCCGCACUGCUCCAGCCACCAUAGACGAGAAGCAGAUGUCAGCAGAGAGAAAUUCACUUACAAAUGAGGACAAUACAAAAUUGGAAAUUAAGGAAGCGCUACCAGUCAGAGGGCUGGUCAACUUGGGGAACACCUGCUAUAUGAACAGCGUCCUGCAGUGCCUCUACCACACUCGUCCUCUCACAUGGCACUUCAUCAACGGAGAGAAGCCACAGAAGGAGGUGGCUCAUGCAUACUGGACACUCCUUCAGGCCCUCUUGCAUGGAAACAAGACCAAACCUCUACUGGUCAAUAUGAAGAAGAUUGCCGGCAAUGAGGAUGCAAUCUUCCAAGACGACAGUGAGAAGGAAGCACAUGACUUCCUUGCCCAGAUGCUGGAGUGGCUGCACCAAGACCUGGCUCAGGUCGUGGACAAGAACGAGUGUGAUGAUGAGGAGGAUGGUCCAGGUCUUCGAUCCUUUAUCUCCAACUCAUUCCAUGGUCACCAUAGCUCGGAGAUUGUGUGUAACAUUUGCGGUGAUGUCAUCGUUAGGACCACCGAGCCUUUCUCCAACCUCACAUUACCUGUCACCUCUCAAAAAAUUUGUGACAUUAAGGACCUUUUAACGCAUUAUUACCGUGAGCAGGAGAUCAUAUGGGAGUGCAAAAACUGCAAAAUGGAACAUCCGUGUACACAAAAAUCAGUCAUUAUUGGUUUUCCUCGCUUUCUCCUGGUGCACCUCAGUAGGGUAAAUGAUGACACACUCUCUCGCCAGAAGGUUCAAGUAUCCUAUCCUUUGGAAUGUCUCUCUCUCGGUGACUACACCAAAUCUAGUGAUGAUAGGCGUAUAACUAGUCCAUCCUAUGAUUUGUACGCCAUAUGUUGUCACCAAGGAUCCAUGACCUCGGGGCACUACACAGCCUACUGCAGGAGUGACAAACCAUCCACAGACAGUUGGAACUUCUUCAGCGAUACCUUUGUCAGAAAAGCAAAGCCCAAAGAGGUCGUGUCAAACCCAGAUGCCCACAUCCUCUUCUAUGAGGACCGAGAUGCCUGCGAUUGGUGAUUUUAUGCAAACAAUUUAUUUUUUUGUUUUUUUAUUUAUUUAUUUAUAUAUACAAGAGUUCUUGUACAGCCACUGGCACGCAUAGCAUUUCAGACAAGUCCUUAACCCUAAUAUUCCCCAGAAUACGACUCUGCAAAAUCGUUUAACAACCAGGUACCCAUUUUACUGUUGUUUAAACAGAGGCUACAAUUAAGGAUUGACGCUCAGUAAAUCAUCCCCGGCCAGGAUGCGAACCCAGGCUAAAGCGCUUGCGAAACGCCAGGCGAGUGUCUUACCACAACAAUACUGUGCUAGAAGUAGUAGUCCGAGUGGAACACUGCUGUAAGUGGUGUGCCAUAAAGCUUUGUUCUGGGACCUAUGGUGUUUACCAUACACGGGACUUACCAUGUGUAUGGCAAGUCCCGUUAUCAUAUGGCAACAGGACUGCAAGUGUUGCAAGCAACAUCAAAUGUUAUUCUUCAGCUAUAUCUUGUUCUUGUUAAGACCCAUUAACUUUAUGAAGUUUAGCUUUGGUCACUGUACAACAGAGUGGAUAUAAAUUCACUUGAAUGCGUACAGAGAACGAUGACAUUUCAACCAAGGAAUUAGAAAUCUUCACAUGGAAGAUAGAUUAACAAACAUAACAUCACUGAAGUAUAUAAAUGUAUGAAAGGGAAUAUAAAUAAGAUUCUAAUAUACAGACGUAAAAUAGAACACAAAACAAUGGAUAUAAAUUGGAGAAAGUUAGAUUUAGGAAAGGCCUGUGUAAGUUAUUUGUUUGGGAAUAGGAUUUCAACUGGUUUCCUUCUUUUUUAUGGUCCUUAUGAAAUAUAUUUUAAUUACUUUUAUCAUUAUUGUUAUUUAAAUAAUUAUAAUUUUUCUUACAUUAUUUCUAGCUGGAAUUCCAUCAUGUAGUUAUUUAUUACCUAGUAGCCACUACCAAAUUUUUACUAUGUUAUUCUCAUUACUGUAAGAAACCUCUUUCUUUAGCAAUUUUUGACCCUUAAUCAAAUUUGGACAACCAACUCAUCAACAGUGUAAAAAUCCAGUGUUGAGUGUAAUGAAAUGCCUCUUUCUGGGCGAGUCCCACAGUGGCUUCCUGAAGCUAUCUCACUGAGAUUGCUCCCAAAUACUAGGUCACAUCAGCCAUAGAGUUCUAUUUGGCCAACCAGGGCCCAGAACCGGAGGACCACCACCCUCAUAAAAGUGCAGAGAGCAGGUGACAUUCCGCCAUCCCACUGGUUUUUCACAUCCAGAAAGUUAGCGAACCAAUACAGACCACUGCCUCAAAACCACCAAAUGAACUCUCCCAACAAUGUAAAUAAACAAUCAAAACUC